ACCACCCUCUGAUUAAAGAAAUUCCUCCUCUCCAUUCACUUUAAUGUCUCUUUAUUGUCUGCCACUGAUCCGCUUUGCAUUGGGUGUCACUUUCUUCAAUUGGACCCCUCUGCCAUUUGCUAAUCUCAUCAUUUGCAUCAUUAGUACUGAACUAUUAUCUACCUCUUUGAUGACCCUUGGACUAUCCUUGAUCAGACUUUGCUGGGGUUACCUUGCACUGUAAAUGGGUCGAUUGCAAACGUGUAUUGUCCUUCUGCUGACUGGUCAGCACGCAACAAAAGCUUUACACUGUACCUCGGUACACGUGACAACAAACUAAACGUAAACUCAAGAGCAUAGACCAUAGAACAGUACAGCACAGGAACAGGCCCUUUGGCCCACAAUGUCCGUACCACGGAUGAUGCCCGGUUAAACUAAUCUCUGCUCUGUACCAAUUCUAUUUAAUUAUUAUUUUGGUUAUUUUGCAGCCACAUUAAAAUAAGAGCAUGUGGAGGUGCAUUUGUGCAAAUGAAAAGCCUCUUGCAUCGGCGGGGGCACUGAGCUGCCAGAAGACUAAAGGUAAGUAUUCGGCGGCUGAUUUAACUGAGCAGCUGGCUCAGUAUGAACAGCAAAUAGUGCAGCUCAAAGACCAAAUUCUGGACAAAGAAACCCAGCUUCACGUGAGAGAUGAACAGCUUAAGUUGCUGGAAGACCUCAAGGUAAAACUCCGUGAAAACGAAGAGGCAUUAUUGGAAAAGACGCAACUUGUGGAUGUGUUGGAGAAAAAGCUUGAUGGGAAGAAUCAGGAGCUAGCGUUGCUGGAAAACCUGAAGGAAAAACUCUGUGAAAGCGAAGAGGCAUUAUUAGAAAGGACACAACUUGUGGAUGUGUUGGAGAAAAAGCUUGAUGGGAAGAAUCAGGAGCUAGCGGAGUUAGUUGAAGAUUUGAGCGUCAUUGAGAUGGAAAAUGAAGAACUCAAGGACAAGCUUCUGGCUGAAAAACACGGAAUGAGAACCAAGGUCCGAAAUAUGACGGAAAAGCAUGAGGCAGAUUUAAAAAAACUCAACAGAAAACACAGGACUCAGCUCCGUAAAAUCCGUGAGAAACAUGCUGAGGAAACAUCACUGAAAGAUCAGUGCUGUGUACAACUUAACAAAGAUCUGCAACUUUUACAAUCUCAUGCCUGUGCACCUCUUGCAGAACAGGCAACUUGUUCUUUAAAUGAUUACACCAAACAGAAGAUUGGGGAACUGGAAGAACAAGUGAGGCUUAUGACGCAAGAGGCUGAAAAAUCAGAGGCCAGGUUCAUUACAAUGGAAGCUCAGUCCAAAUCGAAAAUCAAGAAGAUUGAAGAGGAGCUGGACAAUGUACAGAUUGUACCUUCUCGGCAGGAGCUGCUGGAGCUCAAAGAUAUAGCCGUUGACUUGGAAGAGGAGAACGAACAGUUACACCUGAAAGUGAACUGGCUACAACAUGUCGAGGCACAAAAUGAGGAUCUUCAAGCAAAAUUGGAAGAAUAUGAAGAGCAACACCAGAGCAUGCAAGCAGAUUUAGAACAAGCUACCAAGGGACAAACUUCCCAGGUUGGGAGAAUUUGUGCUGCAUUUAAUUCCUCCAUGUACAAUCUUAAUUCCAAGUGUGUGCAUUCUGCACAGAUUCAACAGUUUCAAGUAUCCUGCUAAUUAAUAUUACAUUGUAUUUCAUGUUGCUUAUUCAGAUUAAUUUUUAAAUGGAUCAUUUAAGUAAGUUUUUAUUUUGCUCUUUUCUAUUCUCAUCCUUACUUUCUGGCUUGAUUCUUGCAUCUGAGGGGUGAUAUUUGCUUCCACACCAGAUGGUUUCUGUAUGCAUUACCAUACACCUUGGACAUGGAGAAAGUCUACUGAAUUAGCUCGUGUGGUUGGGGAAGCAACAGAGUAUUUCCAGACUUUUUAAUCUAGUUUGGGUCAUUUUACCUAUUAAUAUUAUACGGUCAUAAGGAAUAAUAUUAGGUCAUUCGGCCCAUCAAGCCUACCCCACCAUUCAAUCAUGGCUGAUCAAUUACUCCCUCCUAACCCCAUUCUCCUGCCUUCUCCUCUAACCUCUGACACCUGUACUAAUCAAGAAUCUAUCUAUGCCUGAACAAUAUCCACUGACUUGGCCUCUACAGCCAUCUGUGGCAAAGAAUUCCACAGAUUCACCACCUUAUGGCUAAAGAAAUGUCACCUCAUCUCCUUCCUAAAAGAACAUCCUUUAAUUCUGAUUAUCCAGAACUCUAAACAUUUAUUGGCAAGACUGAUUUCUGUGGUUAGAGCGUGUCCUAUGCUUGAGCCGAUAUUCUCCAGAUUUUAGAAGAGUGUAAAGUGAAAGGAAGGAGCGGGUGUGGAGAAAGGUGUGUUUGACUGAUAGGCUGAUAGGAUAUUUUUCCUAAUGGGAGAGUCAAGACCUAAAGGGCAUAUCCUCAGGAUAAGGAGCUGCAAUAGACAAUAGGUGCAGGAGUUGGCCAUUCGGCCCUUCCAUCCAGCACCUCCAUUCAAUGUGACCAUGUUUGAUCAUCCCCAAUCAGUACCCCGUUCCUGCCUUCUCCCUAUAUCCCCUGACUCCGCUAUCUUUAAGAACUCUUUCUA